AAAGUGAACUGAAGAAAAUCAGUGACGAGAAGGAUCUUCUAUCCAUUGAAUGUGUGAACUACACGCAGCUCCGAUCAGUCCUGGCAGCGAGAGCAGUUAUAGAAAGAUUCGAGGACAUACUUCCCAGACAAUACGACAAGGAUGACUGGAAAGCCACUUGGAGAAAGCGUGUGAGAAAGCGCUACAAGUGU